UCUCUCUCUCUCUCUCUCUCUCUGUGAAGAACUUUCAUGGACUACACAACCACAAGAAGGUCUUCUUUCUUAGAGGAAGACGAUGGCCUUGCCUCUAUUGCUGACAUCGAAGCUGGGUCCUCUGGAAACCACAACCACCAUCACCAUCACCAUAACCACUUCAUCUCAAGGCCUAUUUAUUACUCACAAAGAAGAAGUAGCCUGGGAAAUCUUUCAAACUACUCUGUACCUUCUCCAAGAUCUGGGAGGUUCAAUGAUACUAGAUAUGAGGAACAUCAACCUUAUUUUUUAGAUGCUUGUUCUCUUUGCAAGAAACCACUUGGCGAUAACAGAGACAUCUUCAUGUACAGAGGUGACACCCCAUUCUGUAGUGAAGAGUGCAGACAAGAACAAAUAGAGAUUGAUGAAGCCAAAGAAAAAAGCUGGAACCUCUCUGCUUCCAUGAAAGCCUUAAGGAAAAAGGACCCGGAGAAAUCUAGUACCUCCCCAAACAAAACUACCAAAGACUUCCCUUUCCGUACAAGCACUGUGGCUGCUGCAUAAUCAAUAUUCAAACCCCCCUCCAUAAGACAAAAAGACAAACUUUUUCAAAGAAAAUAUGUAGAUUUUGGCUCAUGAACAAACGAGAUAGCUGAGACUUGAGAUCAGAGAAGCCGGACUAAGAAAACUUGUUUUGAAGAUAUUUUAUUACCUAAUAUUUUACUGUAAAUGUCUAUAUGAAGGCCAGUGAGCUAUGCACUGGUUGGGGUGUGCUCUUUUGAUGGCUCUUUUUUGGUGGUUUUUGUUGGAGUUUUCUUUGUUCUGUGUUUUUUUGGUUAACUCUGAUGGGUUUUUCAUAUGGAAUGGUGACAGUAUAAUGGUAAAGAGAAAGUUAUGCUAUAAGAAAAUUUUCUUCCCAUUGAUGAGUUCACUUUUUUUCUUGUUCU